CCGCGCAUGUCACACGACAGGUACACACGCAGCAUCCAUCUUGGGCAUCCUGAGGUUAGCGCAAAAGGACUGCAAUACAUGUUGCUGCCUAAUUUGGACUGAAUCGAAUUUAAAUAGAGAGCGCGUAGGAAAAAUGUGUUUGAAACUGAGCUGUGUUAUGAUUCGCUGAAGUGAACGAUAGUGAAGGGAGAGAAUAAUGAAAAGGAAAGAAAGCGGCAUGAAGGCGUUGUACUAUUUGCACAAUCAGCUGUAUUGAGUGUAUUUACGGUCAAUUCUCCAGAGCAAGGUGGUCCAUUCUUAAAAGAACUGCAAUUUAAUGGGUUGUGGUCUGAUCUGUUCAAAGAUGAGUACGGUAAAACUGGCCUUCCUGUUCCUUGUGUUAUCAUUGUGGAUGACUGAGGUGUCCAGCAAAGAAAAAUCUGCCAAGAAGGGGAAGAAGAAAGGAAAACAGGUCUACUGCCCCUCUCAGCUGUCUUCCGAGGACCUCGCCCGGGUUCCUGCAAAUUCGACAAGCAACAUCUUGAACAGGUUGCUGGUCACCUACGACCCGAGAAUUCGGCCAAACUUCAAAGGUAUUCCCGUGGAGGACAAAGUGAAUAUCUUCAUAAACAGCUUUGGGUCUAUCCAGGAGACUACUAUGGAUUACAGGGUGAACAUCUUCCUGAGGCAGCGGUGGAACGACCCCAGGCUCAGGCUGCCCACCGAGUUCAAGUCGGACGCCCUCACCGUCGACCCCAAGAUGUUCAAAUGCCUCUGGAAACCCGACCUGUUCUUCGCCAAUGAGAAGAGCGCCAACUUCCAUGACGUCACGCAGGAGAACAUCCUGCUCUUCAUCUUCCGCAACGGCGACGUGCUCAUCAGCAUGAGACUAUCUGUGACACUUUCCUGCCCUCUUGACCUCACCCUGUUUCCCAUGGACACGCAGAGAUGCAAGAUGCAACUGGAGAGCUUUGGCUACACCACCGAUGACCUGCAGUUCAUGUGGCAGUCAUCGGACCCUGUGCAGAUGGAGGAGAUUGCACUUCCCCAGUUUGACAUUAAACAGGAGGAUAUUGAAUAUGGAAACUGUACCAAAUACUACAAAGGAACUGGGUACUACACCUGCGUGGAGGUGAUCUUCACCCUGAGGCGACAGGUGGGAUUCUACAUGAUGGGCGUCUAUGCCCCCACCCUGCUGAUCGUGGUCCUGUCCUGGCUGUCUUUCUGGAUCAACCCGGAUGCCAGUGCAGCCAGAGUCCCGCUGGGAAUCCUCUCGGUGCUGUCGCUGUCCUCCGAGUGCACGUCCCUCGCCUCGGAGCUCCCGAAAGUGUCGUACGUCAAGGCCAUCGACAUCUGGCUCAUCGCCUGCCUGCUGUUCGGCUUCGCCUCGCUGGUGGAGUACGCCGUCGUCCAGGUGAUGCUCAACAGCCCCAAGAGGAUCGAGGCCGAGAAGGCCAAGAUAGCCCGGAGGGAGAAGGCGGAGGGCAAGACCCCGGCCAAGAACAACACCGUCAACGGGACGGGGGGAACGCCCAUCCACGUCAGCACCCUUCAGGUGGCCGAGAACCGGUGCAAGAAGGUGUGCACGUCCAAGUCGGACCUGCGGUCCAACGACUUCAGCAUCGUGGGGUCGCUGCCGCGGGACUUCGAGCUGUCCAACUUCGACUGCUACGGGAAGCCCAUCGAGGUCAGCAGCGCCCUGGCCAAGUCCCAGGCCAAGAACAACAAGAAGCCGCCCCCGCCCAAACCCGUCAUCCCCUCGGCCGCCAAACGCAUCGACCUGUACGCCAGGGCCCUGUUCCCCUUCUCCUUCCUGUUCUUCAACGUCAUUUACUGGUCUGUGUACUUGUGAUGGCCUUUUGUCCCAUAGCUUUCCACAGACACCCCACACCCCUCACCCACAAUUGUGAUGUGGUUUUUACUCGUCCCGUCUGCCCGGAGAAUCGGACAUAAUAUUACAUCAUGGUGUAGCUGUAGCGAGAAGCUAAAAUCGACUAAAGGUUCACUCAACGUUUACAUGCUGACUGCCAUCGUGACUUACCUGCAGUACUGUGCGUGGGGUCCGCGUUCAGUGUAAAUAGCUGUGCAGCUAAGGUCUCCCAAAGCAAGAAGCGGGGACCGAGGAGUUGUUUAAUUUUUGUGGAAAGACUUUCACUGUUAGUUAAAGGUCCUGGGAUACUGCAUGUUCAAAGUGCAUAAAUUAAUAUAUGAAUAUAUAAAAAAUAAAGUAUAUAUGAAAAUCUAUUAAGAUUAUUGUCAGGAAUUCCCGUAGAAGUAAUUAUUCUGAUGGCUGAUGACACUGCCGCUUUUGGAUUGGCUGGCUGUUGGGUGUUGCUCUGACACCAAAGCCCUACCUUGCCUUUCAUAUGCCAGUGGAUGGAUACAAACUGCCUUUUUUUCUGUGUAAAAUGUCCAUGCCAAUAAAGGUUUGAUGGCCAAAUGUGACCAUAUUUCUUAUUGCCCACCGCCAUGCUGACAUUUCCACUGUGUACAAAUACCGGAUGCUAUUAAAAUAAACUUUACUAUUAUUAACUUUA